UAACCGUGUCAUUAGUUUGUUAACAAAAAUGGAUAAUUACAUGAUUAUGUGUAUUAUGGUGGUGAUUAGCAUGAUGGUGAUUAGCUUAGUUGAUGCACAAACGGCUCCACCUUGUGCUGAUCAGAUAUUACCAUGCAUGGAUUACCUAAACUCCACAAACCCACCAGACAUUUGUUGCAAUCCAAUUCAAGAUAUGUAUCACACAUCACAUGAAACAUGUUUCUGUCAACUUGCAACUCCUGGAUUGCUUGAAGGUUUUGGUGUUCAACUUGAUCAGGCUAUGCAAGUUGUUCAUGCUUGCGGUGUCGAGUUCGAUGUCACUUCCUGCAAAGCUUCUUCUCCGGCCUUUUCUCCUUCAUUGGUGACACCCCCAGCAACACCUGGAAAUGAUGAAGGAGGAGCAGAUAUGAUUACAUUAAGUGAAUUCUACUUCAUGCCGUUGUUCAUUUGGGCAUGUGUGUUAUUUUAUUAAGAAGAAAGUGGCAUUUUAUCUUCUUCUAGAGACAAAAAAUCAUCGGAAAAAUAUAUUUAAUUAAAAAUUGUAUUUUGAUAUUUGCUUUUCAUUUUACUUGAAUGUGUGUCCAUGAAUGUGGUUUUUCAUUAUACAGAUGUAUUUUUUUUUCUUAAAGGUGUAUCGUUAAUGUCUUUAAUAUUAAAUUCAUUAUUAUUUUUGUACAAUUUGUGUUAAGAACAUGUACAUUGAUUUGGAAAUCA